AUGGCAGCCUUUUUCUUUCGAGCAAGAUUGCUACCGCUAAUGGUCGCGCUCUGUUUCUUGGCGGCCCACGGAUUCUCUCCUACUACAUGUAAUAGGUCACCCCCACGACGAGUCACUGCCCUGUCGUCGGCCACCACCACGGAUUCGACCUCCGUAGGAGUUGGACCAAGACUUGCCAUUCGAGAAGAUUUUCCUGGUUGUCAACGAAUUCAUUCGGAUCCCGACAUUUUUGUCAUUUCCGGCUUUUUAGAUCCUGCGUCUUGUCAAGAUUUGAUUCGGCGUGCUAACGACAAGGGACUCCAACAAUCCCCCGUGGCAUAUGCCGGAUGGACGCAAGAUUUCAAGGACCUCGUCGAAUUGGCCGCCAAGGGUCCCGUCACUUGGUUGGCCAUUGGAGUGGGGUGGUGGCAGACCAAAGAUGACCCCACGGCCGGUCAGGUGGAACUCAUUGGACACAUGGUACAGAAUUUCGUACUAUUCAUGGGAUUGGCCAUUGCAGGAAUUGGACUCUUUACCAAAUCACGGGCCGAUCAAUUGCAAGACCUGAGAACUAGUACCUCCACCACCUUGGAUGAUCUGAAUUCUACAAGCAAGCAAGAAACACAAGGACCGUUGCAAUUUGUACGCCGCACUGCCGAAUUAUUCACUCCUGGAAGCAGCAGUAGUGAUUCUUUGAAACGACAACAACAGCAGGACGAGGCAGCCCUUUUUGAAGCGCCAACUGUCAUUCGAUACGAAUCAAGACAAGUACUAGCGCCACAUUACGAUGCCAAUCGGUCGGCCGCCACGGAAGAUGCCAAUCGAGGAGGACAAACUCUCGCCACCUUAUUGGUCUACUUGAACGAUGUCGCCGAAGGAGGGUUGACUCGUUUUGGAAAACUAGACACCGCAUCUCCAAACACCCAAUUGGAUUAUGCCCAAGUGGAUGAAAGCCAAGAAAAGCUCUGCAUUCGACCCAAAAUGGGGGAUGCCUUGCUCUUUUUCCCAGCGGAUGUCAGUGGAAAAUUUGACGAACGAACCGAACAUGAAGGUUGUCCGGCUGUGGAUGAAAAAUACAUUGCCCGGAUUUGGAGACAUCAGAAUAGGGUUCCACCUCCGUUUGGUCUGGCACAGGAUGAACUCUUGAGGGUAUAG